GGGGCGGGGCGGUGGCGGCGCACCCGGAAGAGCCGCGCUCCGCGGGCGCAGCAGGCGGCGGGGGCGGCGCGCGUCCACCGGGCGCGAUGGACAAGCUGAAGAAGGUGCUGAGCGGCCAGGACUGCGAGGACCGGGGCGGCCUGGCCGAGGUCGUUGAGGCGUCUUCACUGAGCUGGGGCACCAGAAUAAAGGGCUUCAUUGCGUGUUUCGCUGCAGGAAUUGUCUGCUCACUGUUGGGGACUCUCCUGCUCUGGGUGCCCAGGAAGGGCCUGUACCUCUUCGCAGUGUUUUAUACCUUUGGUAACAUCGCAUCGAUUGGGAGCACUGUCUUCCUCAUGGGCCCAAUGAAGCAGCUGAAGAGGAUGUUUGAGCCGACGCGCUUGAUCGCGACGAUCAUGGUGCUGUUGUGUUUUGCCCUUACCCUGUGUUCUGCCUUUUGGUGGCGUAACAAGGGGCUCGCGCUCAUCUUCUGCAUUUUGCAGUCCUUGGCCCUGACGUGGUACAGCCUUUCCUACAUACCCUAUGCCAGGGAUGCUGUGAAGAAGUGUUUUGCAGUCUGUCUGGCAUAGCACACGGCCUGCUGUGCCAGGCCCUGGGAGGCGCCAUGGAUGGGAGCCGGUGGACAGUUUUGUAAACACCUCCUGAACCUCUGUCUUACAAACAUGUGCCUUUUCUCCUGCAGCAGUGUGUUGCUUGUGAUCUGAACGUUUGAAGGUUGCUUUUGGAGACAGUGUUGUCUUCCAAACCCAAACGUCUGGAGCCUGGUGUGAGAGGUGGGGUCUGUAGCUUGUGGGGUGGACUUCCUUUUGCACCUGUUCCCUUGUUAGAUGCUGUUCCACCGAAAUCUCCUAAUAAAAGCCUUGUGAAGCAGCU